CAACCCAGCAAACAGUGAUCCGCUUAUGACAGCUAACGUGAAAAUCGAACUCCCUCAGAAACUACUGGAAUCGCGAGCUCGGGGAGCUCGGGUGCCCGUGGAAAGCUCCUCAUAAGUCGCUUGCAAACUCAAUAGCUCCAAAAUGGAUAUCCGGCGUAUGGAAACCCAAGAAAAAGUAGACCUCUCCCGAAAAUACUUCCUAGGAGGAUGCUUCUUCCUUCCGUUCCUCUGGGCAGUGAAUGCCGUUUGGUUCUUCAAGGACGCUUUCGCGAAAGAAUCAUUCCCCGGCCAGAAUAAAAUCCGAUCAAACGUCGUGAAGUCAGCUAUCGGCGCGGGUAUAUGGCUCAUCGUCCUGAUCACAUGGAAUGUGAUUUUCCAGAUAAAGCGCCCACAAUGGGGCGAGUUCGGCGACAGGUUGUCAGCUAUCAUACCACGAGGAAUAGCGUGAUCGAAGACUCUGUCAGAUGAAUCGUUCGAUCCUUGUUUAUUAAAAAAUGAUACCGUAUCU